UGCGAGCCAGCGCAGCGGGUCCAGCCUGGCUCACCUCUCCGUUGCAGAGCGCUUUUCCUUUCACAAUCGGCUUAGGGGGCUUCCCGCCCUUCCAGGGACCCCCGUGCGGCCCCACUAGCGAGGCGGGGCCGGGAGCUGGGGGAGGGGGCAUCCGCGCCGCCGUCCCGGGACCAGACCCUGGCCGCGCCCAGCCGUAGGUUACGCGGGGGCGUCGCCUCCCCCGGCCGAGGGCAGGAAGCGUGGAGGUCGUCAGCCCAGCCGCACAGGCUCCGGCUGCUUCCUCCCGACGCGAGCCGGGACCCGGGAGCGGCUCUUCCCCGAGCGGUCGGCACCCAGGCCCGGAGGACGGCGCCGUGAGGAGCGCGGAGGCGCUGGAGGUGAACCUGUAUCAUGGAUGCCCUUUCUGAAGCAAAUGGCACCUUUGCCUUUCACCUUUUGAAGAUGCUGUGUCAAGACAGCCCUUCACGUAACGUGUUUUAUUCUCCUGUGAGCAUCUCUUCCGCCCUUGCCAUGGUCUUCCUGGGGGCAAAAGGAAACACUGCUGCCCAGAUGGCCCAGGUACUUUCUUUAAACACAGAGAAAGACAUUCAUCACAGUUUCCAGUCACUUCUCACUGAAGUAAACAAACCUGGCACCCAGUACUUGCUCAGAACAGCCAACAGGCUGUUUGGAGAAAAGACAUGUGAAUUCCUCCUGACUUUUAAGGAAUCCUGUCUUCAGUUCUACCACACUGAGCUUGAGCAGCUUCCAUUUGCCAAAGCUGCAGAGCAGUCCAGGAAACACAUCAACACUUGGGUCUCAAAAAAGACUGAAGGUAAAAUUCGAGACCUGUUGCCAAAUAGCUCGAUUGAUGCACAGACCAAGCUGGUUCUCGUCAAUGCCAUCUACUUCAAAGGAAGGUGGAAUGAACAGUUCAACAAAAAGCACACAAGGGAAAUGCCUUUUAGAAUAAACCAGAAGGAGCAGAGGCCAGUGCAGAUGAUGUUUCAGGAAGCUACAUUUAAGCUUGCCUAUAUUGAAGAGGUGCAGGCCCAGGUCCUGGAGGUGCCUUAUGUCGGUGAGGAGCUGAGCAUGGUCAUUCUGCUUCCAGAUGACAACGUGGAUCUAAGCUUGGUGGAGAAACAUCUCACCUAUGAGAAAUUCAGAGCGUGGACCAAGCCAGACUGUAUGAAGAGUACUGAAGUGGAAGUUUUCCUUCCGAGGUUUAAACUGGAAGAGGAGUAUGACAUGGAGUCUGUGCUUCAGCGCUUGGGAUUAGUGGAUGCCUUCCAGGGAGACAAGGCCGAUUUUUCGGCAAUGUCAGCCGAGAGAGAUCUGUGUCUGUCCAAGUUUGUGCACAAGAGUUUCGUGGAGGUGAAUGAGGAAGGCACAGAGGCCGCGGCUGCCUCGGCCAUCGUGGUUGUGGAGUGUUGCAUGGUAUCUGGACCGAGAUUCUGUGCCGACCAUCCCUUCCUCUUCUUCAUUAGGCACAACACAGCCAACAGUAUUCUGUUUUGUGGCAGGUUUUCCACUCCGUAAGGGUGAGCAUUUCCCUCUUUCUGUGUCCUGUCUUGCUUCACAGCCCUGUGAAGAUGGGCCUUUAAAGCCAAGUGCGAAGGUGAUGAGGGCAGAUUCCUCAUCCAUCUGAAUCUCAUGUUUGUCCACACUCAGCUCUCCCCAUACUGACCACUCAUUUGCCCUACUUAGUCAAAAUCAUGUGACUAUAGACCUUAAUGAUUCCCUGUUGUAUUUAAAAUGCAGUUCUAAUCCCAUAGGAUGGCAUACAGAAUUUUCCUAGAUGGUUUCAGACUUCUUCCUCACUCAUUCCACAUGUAACUCAUUUCAGUUAUGCCAUAUUGUGCCUUAUUGCAUGCUGGUCUUAGCCUAUUUCAGUAGUAGUACAUACUUCUAUCUAAGGCUACUGUUUUAUAGUUUUCCUGGUACAUUGGCUUCUUAGAAAGUUUCUUUAAUGCACAUUUUUAUUUUAUUUUUGACAUUCAUGCAUCGCCAUGUAUGUGACAAAUGAGGCAUCAGGCAUUGGAGACAAAGGGGCAGAGUCAUGGUCUUUUGACAUCUGGUCUUUAAUACUCAUCCUGGAAUGAUGUAGCUUUUAUGACAGCCAGAUUGGACUAGGUAAUGGCCUUAAACUUACCAUGUGACUCCCUUGUAGGGAUCAGACCUUUCUUCCUAUUAAUUGUAUUUCUCCACCUCCGACUCUUAACAGUAAAACUUCCAUUCAGUUCUUAAAGCUCAUUUCCGAUGUCAUCUUCUCCAAGAAAUUUUUCCUUCUCUGCAUAAGCAGAUGUACGUUUCUUAACUCUCAUUGCACACAGAGGGAGGGCAUUUCUCUUAUGGAAGUUGUUUUAUGUAUUAGUCAUCUGUGUUCUCCAGCUACGCCUUAAAUUCCUCCGAGGCUAGGACUAUAUUUUAUAGGUUUGUGUACCACAUACAAUGCAGUCAGAAGUAAUUUGAUCAUACAUGAACUCUGUAAUGUUUUAAAAAGUGAUUAGAUGUCAGUGAUAUUA